AUGGACCGCAACGGCAACUUUGACUACCGCAACUUCUUUUACCCAGGUCCAGCCCUCCCAGUGCAGAUCUACCCAGUCAGCGGCGACCCACGCUUCCCCUUCCACUUCCCGCCCGGCACACCCAACAACGUCAACAUGAGUGACAACAUCACCCCGGCAGCCCGCGAGGACAUCACCGCCGACGAAGCCGCCCUCAACCACCACGACACGCCGGACCCGCCGGGCAGCGUGGUAGCCAAGCGCGACGCGGCGGCGGCUCAGCCCACCGCGCCCGUCAAGCUCGAACACAUCGUGCAAGGGCUCUCGCACCAGCUCGAGGAGGCGAUCAAGUUCUGCGAGGAGUGCCUGGCGGCGCACACGGAGGUGGUGAGCAGGGCGAGCUACGCGGGGCACGCGACGCGCAACGGGCUGUGGCGGGAGCUGCUGGAGUCGCGGUUCGAGGCCAGCGGCGUCGAGAGGGACCUGCUGCACGCGCUGGUCCCGCGCGUGCGGCGCUCCACGCAGCAGGCGCUGGCAGCGGCCCGCGGCGACGCGUCCGGCCGGUCCGGCGAGCCCGACGACGACGGCGACUGGCACGCCCGCCUGGUGCUCAAGGCCGAGAAGCUCUCGGCCGAGGGCGGCUGGGUCGGCCAGCUCAACAAGAGGGCGCUGGGCAACACCGCCGCGUGCGAGGACAUGGUCGUCGGCAUGAAGGCGAUGAGGGUCCUGUGCGCCGACAUCUCUGCUGGUCGCGAGGGGGCUGCGCAGGACGGCCAGGAGGGCGGCGGCAGACAAUACUAG